AUCUUUGCUUAGAGAAGUCGCUCUUUAGAAAAAAGGAGGCAGAUAUUGACGUUUAAAAAUGUCGGAUAAAGGUGAUGUUGACGAACCGGCGGUGAGUGAAAUGUCACCAAGCGAGGACGACAGUUUGAUGCUGUGUCAAGAAGACGAAGAAAUGGAGCCUGAGGAAGGAGAUGACAGUAGUUCUGAACUGGAUUCCGAAGAUGACGAUGAAGCAGAGAAAGAAAAAAUACGUUGUCUAGAAGAGCAAAUUCUCAGUUACCCUUAUACAUAUGCUCCACAUCUGGAUUUAAUCAGAGCACUGAGACAAGCCGGAGAACUAGAGAGGUUGAGAGCAGCGAGACAAUACAUGAGUGAAAUAUUUCCUUUAACUGAAGAAUUAUGGCUGGAAUGGUUGAAAGAUGAAGUAUCUCUAGCAACUGAAGACGAUCGUGAAAGGAUUGAAAAGCUUUUUGAUAAAGCUGUUUCUGAUUACCUUGCUGUUGAUGUCUGGCUAGAAUAUGUCCAGUAUGCCAUUGGAGGAAUGGGAUCACCAAAUGGUAUUUCUCAUGUAAGAGCUAUUUUUGAUCGAGCUGUCACUGAAGUUGGACUUCAUGUUGUGAAAGGUGCCAACAUAUGGGAUGCUUACAGAGAGUUUGAAAAUGCUAUUUUAGCUGGUCUUGAGCCAGAAGAAGCAGACUCAGGCAAGCCUAAUCCAGCAUAUAUUGAACAGAGAUCUCGGUUGGUUUCACUGUUUAAGCGCCAACUUUCAGUGCCGCUCCUUGGAAUUAAAGAAACAUACGCUGAAGUGAAGGAAUGGUUCCCUGAACUGGCAUCGGACAAAACCUUCCAACAGAUUUACCAGCAGACACUCAGUAAAUUGGAAAAAUUAAAACCUUUUGAAAAAGAACUGGCUGCAACAGAUGAGUAUUAUGCCAAGAUGGAAGCUUAUUAUAAAUACAUUGAAUAUGAACUUAGUCUGGACGACCCUGCCCGAAUACAGUGUAUAUAUGAACGGGCAAUCACACAUGGAUACCUGAAUGCAGAACUUUGGCUCCAGUAUACACGCUAUUUGGACACCAAGUUGCCCAUCAAAAAGGUUGUUCUGGCAGCUUACGAACGUUCUGUGAGAAAUUGUCCUUGGAAAGCAGAACUGUGGGGUCGUUAUAUCUUAGCAAUGGAACGACACAAGGAACCAGAUGUGAAGAUAACAGUAUGCCCGCAUUUAGUUUUUGGAGACUUCAGAGGUGACCCGUCUAGUCUACAGCAGUAUUGGGCAUCAAUUGAGGUUAGACAUUGUAAAAAUAUUGAGAAAGCACGAGAGUUAUGGAACAGCAUCAUGACUCAGGGUCACGGAGCUGAAAGCCACAUGUGGAUGGAGUAUUUCCAGAUGGAGAAGGCAUAUGGUAAUGCAAAGAAUUGCCGCAAAGUACUACAGAGGGCACUUAACUCAGUCACUGAUUGGCCACAAGGGAUUGUUGAUGCCUACUUACAAUUUGAACGAGAAGAAGGUACCUUAGAAGACUAUGAAAUUUCCCUCAACAAAUGUACUGCCCAACUACAACGGUUACAACAAAGACAAGCUCUGGCUAAAGAGAAAGAACAGAUGAUGAAAGACCAGAAACGGUUGAAUGACCGCAACAUUAAGAAGGUUGUGCGUAAACCAAUUGGUUCCCAUGAGAGGCCGGGGGACAGUAGUACGACAACGAAACGAAAGCUUCAUGAACAACAACAAGUAAACAUUACAGAUAAAGAUGGUUUUAAGAUACCAGUGGUUCCUGCUCUUGUUGGAGAGGUGACACCAAGGCAACCUGACCCUGAAGGCCCUACAUCUGCCAAAAAAGUUAAAACUGAGAAACCUCCACCUGGAUUUACCCCUAAGUUUGAAUCUAGCAAACAAGAUCGCACAGUCUUUGUGAGUAACAUCAGCUAUGAUUUGGAUGAAGAUAAUCUGGAAGAAAUAUUUUCAAAGUGUGGAGAAAUUGUCCAAAUCCGACUUGUCCAAAAUUACAAAGGCAAAUCUAAAGGUUAUGCUUAUGUUGAGUUUAAAUCAACGAAUUCUUUGGAGAAAGCUCUUAAAAUGGAUCGAGAAAUGAUUGAAGGUCGACCUAUAUUUGUGUCUAAAUGUGAAGACAGGAGUGUGACAAAAACGCAUCAGUUUAAGUUUUCCACCAAUUUGGAGAAGAACAAGCUAUUUGUCAAAGGUUUACCAUUCAGUUGUACAAAAGAGACUUUGGAGAAAAUCUUUAAGGAGCAUGGAACUGUGAAAGACGUCCGGCUUGUUACAUAUAGAAAUGGUGCCCCUAAGGGCUUGGCCUAUGUGGAAUAUGAAGAUCCUUCUGAUACUGCUAAAGCAAUUCUUAAAACUGAUGGCUUAACAAUGGAUGAGCACACUAUAUCUGUAUCAAUCAGUAACCCACCCAGUCGGAAAGCUCCAAUGAACCGGAGACCUUCAUCAUCUACAUCCACGUUCACUCCUACUUUAGGAGGAGGAAAGAAAGAAAGUGAAGUGUAAGUUCAUUUUUAAGUC